ACACACACACACACACACAUAUAUAUAUAUAUAUCCUGAUCAUCCCCCAUUAGGGAUAAUACUGUGCUUUCUUUCUCGGCAUUCACUUUCGCUAUCUAGAAUAACACUUGAAACACCUCACCCAAAACACAGUUCUCUCUCUCUCUCUCAAAAACCCCCCAUAGAAAAGAGUUUUCAAUAAUAUUAGCACUCAUCAUUCAUCUCCAAUUCUAAUUUUGUGUGUAAAGCUAGGUACUUGUAAAGUAUAUGUAAAUGUGAGAGCUUAACAUGGACCCUCCAAUAGUCAAUGAGAGUUCUUUUUCGGCGGCGAAUCCGUCGUCGUACAGUUUGGCUGAGAUUUGGCAGUUUCCGAUCAACGGCAAUGGUGAGAGUGGGGGGGCGUUGGGGCUGAGAAUGUGUAGCUUCAGUGGAUUUGGAGAAGUGGCCACGAAUCGUGAUUUGUCGAUUGAUGAAUCAACGGUGACGGAGCAGAGUGGAAGUCGUGGAAAUGGUGGAGGUGCGAGGAAAAGAAAGGCGGCCAAUUCCGAGGAUGAGUCUUCCAAGCUGGUUUCCACUAGUAGUGGCAAUGAAUUGGAUGGUGCGAAUGGUGAACGAGUGAAAGUGUCAGGAUCUAGCAAUGAGAAUGAUGGUUCAAAGGGUGAAGUGGAAGCAAGUUCAGGGACAGAUAGCAAGCCUGCUGAACAAAUCAAUAAACCUUCUGAUCCACCUAAAGACUAUAUCCAUGUGAGAGCAAGAAGGGGUCAAGCCACUGAUAGCCAUAGUCUGGCAGAGAGAGCUAGGAGAGAAAAGAUAAGUGAGAGGAUGAAGAUUCUGCAAGAUUUAGUCCCUGGAUGUAAUAAGGUUAUUGGGAAAGCUCUUGUCCUUGAUGAGAUAAUUAAUUACAUCCAGUCACUGCAGCGUCAGGUUGAGUUCUUGUCAAUGAAGCUCGAAGCAGUCAAUUCAAUGAUGAACCUCACAGUGGACGGAUUCCCUUUAAAGGAUCUUGUGGCACCACGAUUUGAUGCUGCUGGAAUGAUAUUUGGAUCUCAAGCACCAAGGGAAUAUGCUCAUGGAUCCCAACCCGAGUGGCUUCAUAUGCAGGUUGGUGGUAGCUUUGAAAAAACAACUUCAUAGUAAUCUGACCAAUUUUCAGUUUCUCGAGCGAAAUCCAGUUACUGCCCUGACUUUUUGGUAGUUGGGGAAUCAAGCAGCGUAUGUAUGUAUGGUGGCAAUCUAUGUUUCCUGCUAUAUUGAAUUUGUGAUUAGAGUCGGUAUCUUCUGUAACUAAUUAUAUUUAUCUUCGUUGUAUCACCUAACUGAAUCAAGUAUACUUCUUUGUAUUGCUAUGUUAACAUUCUUCUUUGAUGAAUGUAGUAAUUGGUAACUUUCUUGUGAGUAAU